AAUUUAAAGUUAUAAAACUAUAUUUUUUUGUUAGGCCUUUAUCACUCUUGCCAUGUUGGGCAUAACCUACGCUGCCCAGCUUCCCUAUGCCCCUGCUCCAUAUGCCCCCGCUCCUUACGCCCCUGCUCACCCUGCUCCCCACCAUCCUGCCCCCUACCACGAGAAGGAGGUACCCCAACCCUUCGCUUACGAAUACGGAGGAGCUGACGAGUAUGGCCGACAUUUUGCCAAGACUGAGAGCCAGGACGAGUACGGUACCGUCAAGGGAGAAUACAGAGUUGAGCUUCCCGACGGCAGAGUACAGAUCGUUACUUAUCAUGCCGAUCACGAGAGUGGAUUUGUUGCCGAUGUGAAAUACGAAGGAGAAGCAAAACCUUACAUCGCUGAGCCCGCUUAUCAUGCUGCUCCCGUUCACCACGCCGCUCCUCUUCACCAUGCCGCUCCCGUCCACCAUGCUGCUCCUCUCCACCAUGCCGCCCCCGUCCACCAUGCUGCUCCUCUUCUCCAUGCCGCACCCAUCCACCAUGCUGCUCCCAUCCAUGCCGUCCAUGGUUAAGCCAAACAUACUUUGAACUUUUAUUUAAUCCUAUUUAUUCAUAUAUUGUGAAAUAAAAUAUAAAAUCAUUAA